AGUCACGAGACAGUUUGAUUCUAACGCCUAGUAACUUCCGUUCUUGCUUGUCAGCUGAUCAAUCUUAUUCCUGUUUGACCGUACUCGAAAAUAUGUCUGGAAAAGAUAAACUUCCAAUUUUCCCCUCUCGGGGUGCACAGAUGUUGAUGAAAUCACGUCUGCAAGGUGCACAAAAGGGACAUGGAUUACUCAAAAAGAAAGCUGACGCUUUGCAAAUGCGUUUCAGAAUGAUUCUAGGCAAAAUUAUAGAGACAAAAACUCUUAUGGGAGAAGUAAUGAAAGAAGCAGCAUUUUCUUUAGCAGAAGCAAAAUUUGCCACAGGUGACUUUAAUCAAGUCGUCUUACAAAAUGUCACCAAAGCACAAAUUAAGAUACGUUCUAAGAAGGACAAUGUCGCUGGUGUUAAUCUUCCAGUAUUUGAAUCGUACCAAGAUGGUAGCGACACUUAUGAGUUAGCUGGGUUGGCUAGAGGUGGACAGCAAUUAGCAAAAUUGAAGAAGAAUUAUCAGAAGGCAGUUAAAUUAUUAGUAGAAUUGGCCUCUCUACAAACAAGUUUUGUAACAUUGGAUGAAGUUAUUAAAAUAACUAAUCGUCGUGUAAAUGCUAUUGAGCAUGUUAUCAUUCCAAGAAUUGAAAGAACUCUUGCAUAUAUUAUAUCCGAAUUAGAUGAACUGGAAAGAGAAGAGUUCUAUCGUUUAAAGAAAAUCCAGGAUAAGAAGAAAAUAGCUAAAAAGAAGACUGAUGAGGCUAGAGCGCUAAUGAUCAUCACUGGUAAAGAAACAGAAGCAGCAAAUAUGCUGGAUGAAGGUGACGAAGAUUUGCUAUUUUAAACAAUGUAUAUAGUACUAUCGUACGUAUUUAAUUACUAAGAAUAAGCCACGAAAAUAAGUAGAAAUUUCUGGUUGAAGUAAAUCUUUAAAAUGUCACGAAGUGCGAUUUCAUAGUUCGUUCAUGGUAAAUACGUUUCUCAAUAAUUUGAGAAAAGAAAUAAAUUAAGAUCAAUUUAUUUAUUGAAUGAAAUCUUUAAAAGAAAGAUCAAUAACAUCGUCAUUACCUUGUUAAUAGACCUGUGCUAAUAUUUAAACAAAACUGUAUUAUACAGUAAACCUGUAUUUAUGAUCGAUAUGAAUGUUAUUAAUAUUUUUUUGAUCAUACUAUUAAAAAAUAACUUGUACAGAAUCAAUUAUUAUUAUUAUUAUUAUUAUUAUUAUAUAUAUAAUUUGAAAAUUUUAGCAAAAUCUAAUAUUGUUAUAUGUAUCUACGCUACGUCAGUGUAUUUUUUUAAAAUAUUCCAACUACUGUUAAUUGUUAAUAAAAUUAAUAAGGUAUAUAUAAAAACAAAAAAUUAACUGAAUGUAACUGUCCAAACAAUUCUAAGGCGAAAAGAACGUCUUAUUUGAUUAUAUUCUCAUCGAAAAGAGAGAGAGAAAGAGAGAGAGUAGGCAAUAUUUUAUCAUUAAAUAAACAAAAAUAUAUAUAUAUAUGUGUAUAUAUACGUCUAUACUAUUUAGCGGCGCUCUAACGUUUAUUACGUUACAAUCUCUUGUAAUUGACUAUCUUUUAAAUUUCAUUAAUUACAAUGAGUAACAAA